GCAUAUGUGAGUAGUUCUACAGUGGAGUGACUGAUAGGGCGGCAAGGCGGCAGAAAAGAUCAGGGUUUAUUGCCGCUUCGAAAUGGCCGGACAGCAGUUUCAGUACGACGACAGUGGCAACACUUUUUUCUAUUUCCUCACGUCCUUUGUGGGACUCAUAGUCAUCCCAGCAACCUAUUACAUCUGGCCUCGGGAUCAGAAUGCGGAGCAAUUGCGAUUGAAGAGUUUACGGAGAGUUCAUGGAAGAUGUCUGUGGUAUCGCCUUCGGCUUAUGAAAUCACAGCAGAGCAUUGUUCCAACACUUAAAAAAGCAGCCCUGUUGUUUGGGUGGGCAGUAUUUCUUCUCCUGGCAUAUAAAGUGUCUAAAUUAGAUAGAGAGUACCAGGAAUAUAACCCUUAUGAAGUCCUCAACUUGGAAGCAGGGGCAUCUGUUGCUGAGAUAAAGAAGCAGUACAGGGUGCUGUCUUUAAAACAUCACCCUGAUAAAGGCGGAGAUGAGGCUACCUUCAUGAAGCUUGCUAAAGCUUACUCAGCUUUGACUAAUGAGGAAUCGCGGAAAAAUUGGGAGAUGUACGGCAACCCUGAUGGCCCAAGAGUGACGAGUUUUGGAAUCGCUCUUCCUGCAUGGAUUGUUGAUCAGAAAAAUUCCAUGCUGGUGCUGCUGGUCUAUGGGUUGGCAUUUAUGGUCAUACUUCCUGUGGUAGUGGGUACGUGGUGGUACCGUUCCAUACGCUACAGUGGUGAUCAGAUCCUGAUCAACACAACACAGCUUUUCAUGCACUUUAUGUACAAAACGCCUACAAUGAACAUGAAACGAUUGGUAAUGGUGUUGACGGCUGCAUUUGAGUUUGAUCCUCGUAGUAACAAAGAGGCCAUCAUAAGGCCGACAGACAACAUUGAAGUUCCUCAGUUGAUUCGGGAGCUGGGAAAUAUUAACGUUAAGAAGAAGGAACCUCCGUUCUGCUAUCCUUAUAGCCUGAAGGCUCGAGUCUUAUUACUUGCACAACUUGCCAGGAUGGAUGUUUCUGAGAACAUAGAGGAGGAUCAAAGGUUUGUGGUGAAGAAGUGCCCUGCCCUGUUACAGGAAAUGAUCAAUGUUGGCUGUCAGCUCACCAUGAUGGCAACUAGUAGAGGAGGCCUUCGGGCUCCCAGGCUCACAUCCAUAGAAAACUGCAUGAAGCUUUCUCAAAUGGUGGUUCAAGGUCUGCAGGAGGCCAAAUCUCCUCUGCUGCAGCUGCCCCAUUUCGAAGAGGAGCACCUCCGAUACUGUAUCUCUAAGAAGUACAAGGUGCGGACGUUGCAGGAUCUGGUCAGCCUGAAAGACUCUGACAGGAGGAACAUGCUAAGAUUUCUGGGGGAGGAGAAGUAUGAUGAGGUCAUUGGAGUCCUCGGCAGCUUCCCUUAUAUCAACAUGGAAACCAAACUUCAAGUGCUGGAUGAUGAAGAUAGCAAUAACAUCACUGCAGGAUCCAUUGUCACAGUCACGGUCAUCUUGACAAGGAAGAGAAUGUCUGAGAUGUUUGAGAAGGAGGAGAACGCACCGCUGCCUGCAGAAGAAGUGAACACAGAGGAGCAAGGUGAUGCCAAAAAUAAAACAAAGGUUUGGCAAAAUAAGAAUAAAGGAGCUAAAAAAGCUGCCAAGUCCAAAAAGAAGAAACUGACUAAGAAGAAACCAGUCACUCAACAGCAAGCGAAGGGAGACAAGGCCAAACAAGCCAAUGGCAACGUGGCUGGAAAUGAAGUUGUGUCAAAAGAAGAAGAGGAAGAUCUGUCUGACAAAGGCAGCGAAUCAGACGAAGCAGAGGGAAAUAAGGACUCACCCAGUGAAAGAGAUGAUGAGAGCGACAAGCAGAGCGACACUGAAGGGGAUGAGAUCGCCAGAGAUGACGAGGAGGAAUGGGAGGCUCUACAGCAAAGCAUUCAGCGGCGUGAACGAGCACUGUUGGAGACCAAGUCUAAGGUCACUCAUCCAGUCUACAGUCUGUUCUUCCCUGAGGAGAAGCAGGAGUGGUGGUGGCUCUACAUCGCAGACCGGAAGGAACAGACACUGGUGUCCAUGCCCAACCACGUGUGCACACUCAAAGACACAGAGGAGGUUGAACUGAAAUUCCCUGCUCCAUCCAAAACUGGAAACUAUCAAUAUUCAGUGAUUCUCAGAUCAGAUUCGUUCAUGGGACUAGAUCAGAUCAAGCCACUUAAGCUGGAGGUUCAUGAGGCGAAGGCCAUGAUGGAUAACCACCCGCAGUGGGACAUCCCAGAAACUGAGGAAGAGGAGGAUGACCAGGAGGACAGUGACGGCAUUGAGGAGUCUGAGGAAGACGAAGAAGACAACGACUAAAAUCAUUUCAUGCAAACUUGAGCACAGCUCAUACACCCAUGUGCCCGCUCACACACACACACACACACCUACACACACAGCCCCGGACUUCUGGGCCACCAUACACACCAGAAGCAAACAGGAGACAAGGACGUUGACGCCCCAUGAUCCUGUUUAAAACACUCAUGAAUCACAUUUAUUUCGCCAGUCAAACACUCGGUUCUCUUUCCCUGCGUUCAUCCAGUCGUUAUCAGUGGGCUUUCACCAUGGUUAUCUGUGGGUUCCAGCUGUGUUUCAGAUUCCUCUCCACUUGACGAAAAAGAUGCAUCGGAAUAAAUAAAACCAGAUUUCCGCUUUAAAAA